AUGGAGGAAGAGAGUUUGCCCAUAAGUUGUCUGUUACGGCUGCAGAACCUGGCACAUUCGGGUUAUGUAGUUCCGAAACUUAACUGGGUUUUACAGAAUAAAAAUCUUAUAGCGUUGUGUGGACAAGCUGACCUGUGGCAAAAGUACCUGACUAAAAGUACUCCGUUCAAGUUUGUCGGAGUUUUCGCGCAAGUACGUCUCAUGGGUGCCAUAAGAGGGCCUUUUUGGGUGGGUGAACUUAGUUUUGGUUUCAAAUUGGACUUGGAUUACUUAGAAAGAAAAGGAGGUGACGCAUGGGGACUCGAGGUCACAGACAGUAGUUCAAAAGAGGAGGAAAAUCCGGCUGACAGCCUGGAACGCGUCAAAGUCGUUUUUUUAGGCGCCCCGGGGGUAGGAAAGUCUAGUAUCAUCAGGCAAUUCGUCUGCAGCGAAUUUUCCGAGGAGUACAUGCCGACGGAAAAGAGGGAAACUUACCAUCCUAGUGUCUUGUUGGCAGAAAGGCUCUAUGAAGUCAAAAUUACCGACCUACCAACCAUUCCAUAUUUUCCAGUCAGUUCACAUCUGGAAUGGACCGAUUUUCGAUAUUAUGGACUCAGGAGUGCUACAGCCUAUGUACUCGUUUUCGACCUUAGUAAUCAAGAUACUUUCCAGUACAUAAGAAUGCUGCGAGAACAAAUUUACGAGGCACGUGACAUGAGAGGCGUGCCUAUAUUGGUCGUAGGCAAUAAACAAGAUAAACUCUCUGCUCCAGCAGCUCCCGGUACAAGGCAUCGAGAUAUUGUUAAUCUUGUUCGAAAGCACUGGAGAUGUGGAUACGUCGAGUGUAGUGCCAAAUAUAAUUGUCGCGUUGUCCAGGUAUUUAGGGAAUUGGUGAAAAAUAUUCAAGCUGUCGAAGGAAAGCCAUCAUCACCGACACCAACAGUCUCUCAAACGAUGAGAUCUAAUCAGCAAAUCGUUAACGAAAAAUGCGUUCUUCUUUGACAAUGAAACAUUUUCUCAUUAAAAAGAUAUAAUAAUCUGCUACGACUGUGACACAAAACUGCUCUCUGUCUGAUUAAUUUUUUUACAAUG